AGAAAAGGAAAGUUCAGAAAAAGAAAGCGAGAAAGCGAAGAGUCGAACGGAGAGAGAGAGAAAGAGAUGUCAUGGGUAGUCGAUCAUCAUCUUCCCAAAGUAAAGCGAACACGUAUGUGUGUAGGAGCAAUUCUCUUUUGGUUCUUUCUCAUGCUGGUCACACCCAAACUUUCUCAUUCCCCCGAACACCACAGCUUUUCUGACAUGCGCAAUUUCUUAGGAGUUCCUAAUACACUGAAUGUGAUCACAAACUUCCCUUUCUUGAUUGUUGGUGUUCUGGGUUUUGUCCUCUGUCUCGAAGGAGAUUUCUUCAAUAUAAGUUUGAGAGGAGAGAUAUGGGGCUGGACUAUUUUCUAUACAGGGAUUGCGGCCGUAGCUUUUGGGUCUGCUUACUAUCAUCUAAAGCCUGAUAAUAGUAGAGUAACUUGGGACACAUUGCCGAUGAUGAUUGCUUAUUCCUCAGUGCUUUCUAGUCUAAUUGUUGAAAGGGCGGGGAAGAGGGUUGGAUUGACUUGCUUGAUUGGUCUCCUUAUUGUUGCUUUUAUCAGCACAGCUUAUGAAAGAAAUUUGAAUGAUCUUCGCAUGUGCAUGAUGUUCCAAUUGAUUCCAUGCAUAGCCAUUCCGUGUGUGACAUUGUUGUACCCACCGAAAUAUACUCAUUCAAGGUAUUGGCUCUUGGCAGCAGGGGUUUACCUUCUAGGGCAAUUUGAAGUCGUUGCUGACAGGAAAAUUUUCAAGGUAACUCGGUACGUUAUAAGUGGACACUCAUUGGAGCACUUGUGUGUGGCGAUGGUUCCUGGUCUGCUAACUAUUAUGCUGAUGUUAAGGAGUACUAGUAGUCCAAGGUAAAAUCUUUUACAUCAGUUAACCAAGUGAUAUAGGGGGCCUUGGAAAUGAAAGGUGUCCAUUGGACUAGCAUGUGUGUGAGGCUUUGAUUUGCUUGGGAUUGGAAUUGGGAUCAUUUUGUGUUGCUCUAUUUUCUGUGUGCCCUGGAAUGAUUGUGUGAAGUGUGUGCUUGGUGACUGGUUCAUCUAAGCCCUGCAUUACGACACAGGGACAUGACUAAAAGAAUGAACUUCCUGUUAGUCAUGUUCUACUCCGGUGUAUUCCAUCCGAAUGCAAUGUAUAUGCUAUAUGUAGUAUGGGUAAUGUGAAUAUUAUAGCAUGGGUAAUGUGAAUAUUUUACUUGUCCUUGCAAAACCAAGAGAAUAUGAG